AUGGCAGAAAUGAAAUACCAUUUGGGUAUUAACAAAUUUUGGAAGGAAUACACUUCGUGGACCUAUCACAGGGACACGACUCCAAUUGCACAAGUAAACGAUGUUGCGCCACAAGACGGUAUGGUAAACGUUAUUGAAGACAUUAGGGGGGAGCGUAUGGAAGAAGAUACAUACCUUAACCAAGAGAACUCGAAUGGAGAUAGUAGCGGUGUUGUUGAUGAUUUUGAAGACCUGAUAAAGGAAGCUGAAACAGAAUUAUAUCCUGGUUGUACUAAGUUUUCUUCUAUCGACUUUUUAGCAAAACUUUUGAAUAUAAAGGAUACGUACCAUUUUCAAAAUGAAGGAGUAGAUCGACUCCUCUCAUUGUUGCGAGAGUCAAUGCCAGAAGGCAACAAGAUUCCCCCUUCGUAUUAUGUAGCUAAGAAGACAUUUAAGAAGAUUGGUUUGGCAUAUGAGAUGAUAGAUGUGUGCACAAAUGAUUGUGCUCUCUUUUGGAAAGAAAACGAGUCCUUGCAAAAUUGUCCCGUUUGUAAUGAGAGUCGAUGGGUCGAUAAAGACACAAAAGGCACGAAGGUGGCUCGUAAGGUGUUACGAUACUUUCCUUUGACGCCUAGACUACGACGUUUGUAUUGUUCAAGGCACACAGCGAAAGAUAUGAUAUGGCAUAGUACCGGACGAUCGGAAGAUGGGACUAUGCGUCAUCCAGUUGAUGGAUCUGCAUGGCAAGACUUUGAUAAAAAGUACCCAAACUUCGUGAUGGAGCCACGAAAUGUUCGCUUAGGGCUUGCAGCUGACGGUUUUAAUCCCUUUAACAACGGUAGUGGAUCCUCGACUCAUAGCACGUGGCCGGUUAUACUCACCACAUAUAAUCUGCCUCCCUGGCUAUGCAUGCGAGAGUCCACAUUCAUGUUGACCUUGUUGAUUCCUGGCCCUAAAUCACCGGGGAAAGACAUGGAGGUUUUCCUUAGACCGUUAGUGGAUGAGCUUAAGCAAUUGUGGCAGACAGGUGUACGUACUAAAGACGCAGCAACAAACACAUACUUCACAAUGAAGGCGGCGUUGUUAUGGACCAUAAAUGACUUUCCAGCCCGUAGUAGCCUAUCAGGUUGGAGCGGACAAGGCUACAUGGCAUGCCCAACUUGUAACCAAGACACUCCUUCAAUACGUGUAACUGGUAAAUGUGCUUAUGUUGGCCAUCGCCGGUUCUUAGAUGCCAACCAUCCUUGGAGAACAAGUCUCGACUUUAACGGGAGACCCGAGACACGAGACCCUCCGAGACAGUUUAGCCCAGCUGACAUAGAAGCUCAACUAGGUCGUUUAAUUAAUCGUCUACCAGGCAAGCAUCCAGAUUUUGGAGGUAGGAGGAUAACCCGGUCAGAUUUCGAGUUGAACUGGUCCAAAAGAAGCAUAUUUUUUGACCUUGAGUAUUGGUCUUCUCUGCAGCUGAAACAUAACUUAGAUGUAAUGCAUAUAGAGAAAAAUGUGUGCGACAGCUUGCUCGGUACUCUUCUGAUGAACGAUAAGAGCAAAGACACGCCAAAUGCGCGGUCUGACAUGGAAAAACUAAACAUUCGGCCGUCACAAUGGCUGAAACAAUCGGGUGGCAAGUUCUUAAGUCCCCACCCAAAGUACUCAUUCAAGUCCGAUGAUCGAAAACUUUUUUGUCAGUUUAUAAAAAAUGUUAAAUUACCAGAUGGGUUUGGAUCGAAUAUCAGUAAGAGGGUGACAGAUAACAAUGCUAACAUUACCGGGUUGAAAUCUCAUGACUGUCAUAUCCUCAUGCAACGUUUGAUACCGAUUGGGGUUAGAGGGCUUUUGACUAAAGAUACAUCUACACCAAUAGUAGACCUUUGUAUGUUCUUUAAGCAACUUUGCUCUAGAACACUAUCGGUGGAUGAUAUGAAGAAAGCAAAGGAUGACAUUGUUACCAUCUUAUGCAAGUUAGAGAUGAUCUAUCCACCUGCGUUUUUUGACAUUAUGGUUCAUUUACUUGUGCAUUUACCUGAUGAAGCGAUUGCGGGAGGUCCAGUAGCUUUUAGAUGGAUGUAUCCAUUUGAAAGGUACAUGAAAAAACUAAAGAACUAUGUUAAAAACCCGGCAAGGCCUGAAGGUUGUAUAGCUGAAUGUUAUGUGUUUGAAGAAGCUCUAACAUUUUGUUCAAUGUACCUUAAAGAUGUUCAGACUAAGUUCAAUCGCCCAGAUAGAAACGAUGAUGUCGUUGUUGAAAAAAGAAAGUUAUGGGUGUUUGAGUCAAAAUGUCGUUAUGUUGGCGCAAGAAAGGAGAAAUAUCUAUCAUUCAUCGAAAAAAGCAAGAUGGAAUGGUUUGUCCUCGAAAACUGCGCAGAAGUUAGGGAGUACAUGAAUGAAUUCAAACAUACACAUCCCCAUGAUGAUCUUAAAACCAAAUUUCCGGGAUGGUUUCUCCAUAAGGUCCAUUCGAUGAAAACACAAAAUUCUCCAGAAUUCCACCCGGAGUUGUAUGCUCUUUCAAUUUGUGCGAAAAUGACUGCUUACACUUACACUGCUUGCAUAGUCAACGGUGUUAGGUUUAAGACACUUGAACGUGAUGCAAAAUGCGCAACGCAAAACUCUGGGGUGGAAGUGGUUGGAGAGAACGGUGUGAAAUUUUAUGGCCAAUUAGAAGAAAUUAUUGAGUUGCGUUAUACAAAUGAUUAUUCCGCUGUCCUAUUUCGGUGCAAGUGGUUUGAUACUCAAAGGGGUGUAAACCAUGACAAUAAUAUCACCAGUAUAAGCACUGAACAUGAAUGGGACAAAGACGAUCAACUCAUAUUUGCUUCGCAAGCCAAACAAGUGUUCUUCAUCCAAGAAACGUCUCGAAACCAAAAAAAUAAACAUAGGUGGGUAGUCGAAAAUGUUAAUCAUCGAAGAAUUUGGGAUCGGCCAUUAAGUGAUGACCGCGUCAAUAAGGUUCAAAAUGUUGGCAAACGCUUAGAAGAUAGUGACGUUGUUGACAACAACUCUUCAUCUGACUGUCCACUUGUCAUUGACUUGACCCAAUACUUUCAAAUUGGAUCUUCUCAUGUUACUGCGGGUGAGCCUUCAAUUGAAGUUGAUCCCCCAACGGCCACCGUCGAUGAAGUGUUUGAAGUCGAGACUGAUUCUGAUGAGGUCGAGGCUGCUUAUGAUGAGGAUGAUCCCGAUUAUGUGGAGUCUGACUAAAAGAAAAGUUAUUGUAAUUUUUAUUGAUUUGUAAUUGAUUAACACUUGUUUGAAAUAUUUAUUUGAAUUUGAGUUACACUU